AAAGUUAGCCAGGUACAAUUAUGUAUUACAUAAAUUCAGUUAUUACAUGGUUUACAUGUGUGUUUUCAGAGACAAUGCCUCCCAAACAAGUGGGAAAAGCACCAAGGAAAAGGAGGAGAAUUCAGUCCCCGGGAGACACGGUGGUAACGUCUCAGCACCUUAGUACAGCAGUACUAAUUGAUGCAGCACAAGAAGCAAGACAGGAACCUGUGACUCAAACACCAGGGCCCGUUGUCGUGUCAAAUCAAGUACCGAUUGACUAUGCAGAACUAGCAAAGCAAAUUCUUGCACAACAACAGCAGAAUGCAACCAAACAGUCUAUGACCACAGAUCAAGCUUCUGCGGUGGUGCCCACUGUGGAGAGGACGUCAAGUCAAACGACUGCGCAAGAUGCACCACCACUCCCUGCCGACAAAUCAUCAUCAGCUGCCUCAUCACUAACCUCCAUUUUAGACACAGUUUUUGCAGUUGAUCAGGGAGAAAGCUCCUCACCUGGACCAGCGACCGACUUAUAUUCCCUCACAACUUUUACAGAUCUGAACUCAGUUACCUGUUCCAUUUUGGCUGCUUCUCUCACAGGAACUUCACGUACUUCAUAUAGACAUUCAUGGCGCUUAUUCCAAACUAUGACCAAUGCAUGCUCGCUACCUUUAAGUUUGCAAAAUAUUUGUAAUUUCAUCGGAUAUUUGUUUGAAAAGGAAUACAGUGCCAGUAGCAUUGCAUCGCACAUAUCUGCUUUGAGCUAUGUGCAUAAACUGAUGAACCUUCCCGAUCCAACUCAAACCUUUAUUGUAAAACAGUUACUCAAAGGUUGUCAUAAGUUAUUACCUUCUCAAGAUUCCAGAUUACCUAUCACUAAAGAUAUCUUACAGAAACUCAUUAAAGCAACUAUAUGUAAAAUAACGGUCCCUCAAGCCUUCAACCAUUCAUUGUUACAGGCACUGUAUCUCCUCUGUUUUAAUGCGUUUCUUCGAUUGGGAGAGGUUGUGGUAAGCGAUAAAGAUCGGGUUUUGCAGGUAGAGGAUAUCACAUUUCAUGGCAAUGGGACUUUGCCGCAAAAUGUUCAAAUUGUCAUUCGGCACCACAAGUCACAAAAGAAAAGUGAACCGAUAAUUAUCUCUAUUCAGGGAAAUACGGAGAAUGAGUUCUAUCCUGUGUAUGCCUUGCAUAAGUACCGCACAAUAUGUCUACAUUCAUCAGGUCCAUUCUUUCAGUUUAUCGAUGGUACUCCUGUCACCUACUCGUAUGUCACUAAUCAGCUUUCGACAGCCAUAGACCUUGCAGGCCUCAACCCCAAACGGUUCAAAGGCCAUAGUUUUGGAAUAGGGGCAGCCACUCAUGCUGCACAGUUAGGUUAUUCAGAGAGUUGCAUUCAACAUCUCGGACGUUGGAAUUCAAACGCGUUACAUAGGUAUAUAAGCAUAAAAUCAUUUCAACUUUAAAAUGCAUCAUUAAAUAGAUAGUUAGGUGUAUACAGGUCAUUGAUUAACUGCUGCUCGAGUUGUUCGAUCUGUAAUAAGGCAUAGUAAGUUAGGUACCAUAAAGCAAGUUAGCGAUUAGCUGUUGCUGUUCAUUUAAUUUUAUUAGCGCAUGACAUUUUUUUUUUCAUCAUUGUAAUGUUAAAAUUUGAGACAGGUCAGUAAAUAACUGCUGUCAAUAUAUUGGUAGCCCUUCCCUUACCCGACUUGCUUGCUGACUCAUAUAACGAGAAUUGAUAAAUACUAUGUCUUUCUUUUAUAAAGAAUUUUUAUUGCAUUAGGACAGGUCAGUGACUACCUGCUGUCCAGAAAAACGCAUGAUUGUAUAUGCAUGAUUAGGAAUGUUCUCCCUUGUUUGAUGAUUAUAAGGUUCCAGCCUUAUCUUAACAGGCCAGUAAUUAACUGCUGUCAUAAAAGUUGGACUAUUUCUUUUUAAUGAAUUUGAAAUAGUACCUUGUUUGCAGGUCACCUUGGAUGGCACGGAUGUGAUAUUAGAUCACAUCUUCUGGUAAAAUUUGUUUAGAUGUGCCAUCUUUUUGAUAUAUUUUUCUUAUCAGGUUGAUUUUCUUGUCUUAAAUGUACUUUUUUCUAAUCAUUUUUAGGGGAUCAGACAUUUUUAUAUUUUGCGUAAUUUACAUUCUGAGCAUGUGAGUCUGAUCCCCUCUUUUGUAUGUGAAAUUUAUUGCCUUUGAUUUCGUCAUUUUAAUAAAUGACAUUAUUCAUCUCUAAGAGCGAGUUUUAGUCAAUUUUAUAUAUAGUUAGCAAAAACUAGCUGCGGUGAGCCUGAUGAGCAUUGGAAGACAUAAAACACCAAUUAUGACGAUAAUUGAAUUUGUGUAUGAAAGGCGUAUAGUUUAUUGUGCGUAGCAUUUUUGAUGUUAGAUAAUGCAUGUUAACUCCGUGUCUGCUGACCAUAAGUUAAUUAGUAAAUAGCCAAUGAGCUAAUGAGAUAGGGUCAUGUGAUCAGCAGUGCGGAUAAGUGGCUACAUCACUUUGAAUUUUGACACCCGCAAGCUGACCAUU